CCACCUCCUCAGAACCCUAGGACAGAGCUCGAGGCUGGUCGGGGCUAGUCGAGCUGGAAUCCUGGGGCUGCAGGCCUUUCGAGGAAACACCUGCGGAGCGCGCCGCCAGAGCCUGAGAGAACUGGGUUCCCAGGUACACAGAAUUGGGACUGUUGGUUUGUCCCACUCUCUCCCGCGCGGGGCCCCUCCCCGUGAGGUAUCGCCUAAGUUCCCCUGGUGUAAAGCGGGCGCCUUGCAGUCAAAAUCCUGGUUGCGGACUUGGGAGGUUCCGUCGCAUUCUGCCGGAGGGAGGCGCUCUGCAGAGGAGAAACCUUGGCGGGGUAGGAAAAGGACCUGUGCUGAGAAGAUGAGUCUCAAGGUUGAUUUGGAAACAAACUUUGCCGAAUGUGUCUUAAAUGCAGGAAAGAUCAUCCUUGGGGAUACACAAAGGAAAGAAAUGAAUCCUGAAUUGCGGAAAAAACAGAGGGAAAACAUCUUGAAAGCAAUAUGUGCUCUGCUGAAUUCUGGUGGCGGAGUGGUCAAGGCUGAGAUUGAGAACAAAGACUACAAUUAUGAAAUCCAUGGAGUAGGCCUGACGAUGCCUUCAAUUUUUAAAGACUAUUUAGAUGAGAUGCAGCAGGGAGAACUCUUUUUGAUUUUUGUGAGAUCCUGGAACGCAGAUGCCUCUGGUGUACGAAUCGCUACCUUGUGCUCCAAUUUGUACUAUAGAUACAGAGCAUCUACUGAUGUCAUGGAUUCUAAGGAAGCAUUGGCAUUCCUCAAAGGGAAAACUCAGACUCUUAGGAAUACUGAUUCCAGUUCAUUAAGUCCACACAAAGUUCAGGUUGGUGUGCGAAACGAGUAUAACAUAAGGGCCUCAGCUGCUGCUGUAUUCGCUAGAACUCAGCUUCAGUACCUAGAAAAGCUCAACUUUACUAAUUCCCUCCACGUUGAAUUUAAAAUGUUCUCAACAGAGGAGUCACAGUGCUUUCACGAGAGUCUCCCCAGUUGUGUUUCUGCAUUUGCAAACACUGAAGGAGGGUAUAUAUUUUUUGGUGUGCAUGAUGAGACCCAUGAAGUCAUUGGAUGUGAAAAGGAGAAAAUAGAUUUUGACAUGUUGAAGGCUUGUAUUGAUUUCUGUAUUGGGAAUCUCCCUGUCCAUCAUUUCUGUACACAGAAGCAUGAGAUAAAAUAUGCUGUCAAAUUCCUUGAAGUACACAAUCAGGGGACCCUCCAUGGAUAUGUCUGUGCAGUCAAGGUGGAACAAUUUUGCUGUGCAGUGUUUUCUGAGAUGCCCAGUUCCUGGCAGGUGAAGGACAAUUGUGUGAAACAGCUGGACACGAAGCAAUGGAUAGCUUGGAUGAUGGAAGCCGACCCAGAUCUUUCCAGAUUUUCUGAGAUGGUCCUUGCAUUGAGUUUGUCAUCCACUACACCCCGCAGCAGGACUGUGUGCACUCAUAAGAAUUUUGAAUGUCUGGAAGCACAGCAAAAACGUUACUUUCCAGUAUUACCAGACAGAAUGGUGUAUACACCAGAAAGCAUCUACAAGGAGCUGUUCUCAACACAUAAAGGACUCAAAAACUUAAUAAAUAAGGAAAUGCGCUCUUUCUCUCAAGGAAUAUUGAUAUUCUCUCGAAGCUGGGCUGUGGACGUGGGUCUGCAAGAGAAGCAGGGAGUCAUCUGCGAUGCUCUUCUGCUUUCCCAGAACAACACCCCACGCCUCUACACUAUCCUCAGCGAGUGGGACCCAAGCUGGAAGGGCUACUCUAGGAAAGUCGCCCGCGUCUUAAAACAGACGCUGGUGAACACAGGUGGCUACACUGGGAAAUUGUGUGUCACUCCCUUGAUCUUCCUACUGAAUCCUGAUAAUACAGCAACGACUCUUCAUGAUUUGGAUUUGCAAAUUUACCCCAACUCCUAUAACUUAGGACCACCCCACAUGGAAGCUCUGUUACGGUCCCUUGUGAUAGUCUUGCUUGGAUUCCGAUCUUUCUUAAGUGAAGAGCUGGGCUCUGAGGUUUUCAGCCUCCUCACAGAUAAACAGUAUGAGUUGCUUUCAAAGAACAUUCGCAUAACUAGAGAACUGUUUGUUCAUGGCUUACCUGGAUCAGGGAAGACCAUCCUGGCUCUUAGGAUAACGGAGAAGAUCAGGAAUGUGUUUCACUGUCAACCAGAUGAUAUUCUUUACAUCUGUGAAAAUCAGCCUCUGAAGAAUUUUGUGAGCCAGAGACAUGUCUGCCAGGCAGUGACCCGGAAAACCUUCAUGAAAAAUGACUUCCAAAAGAUUAAGCACAUCAUCAUCGAUGAAGCUCAGAAUUUUCGCACUGAGGAUGGAGACUGGUAUGAGAAGGCAAAAGCCAUCACUCAGAGAAAAAAGGAUUGCCCAGGAAUUCUCUGGAUCUUUCUAGACUACUUUCAGACUACCCACUUGAGCUGCAGUGGCCUCCCUGCUCUCACAGCCCAGUAUCCAAGAGAAGAGCUCACCAGAGUGAUCCGUAAUGCAGAUCCAAUAGCCAAAUACCUACAAGAAGUAAUGCAGGAGGUCAGAGAAAAUCCUCCAUGUAACAUCCCGCCUGCGUCCCUGGAGAUGGUUCAUAAAGCUGAAUGGGCUCAGGGUAUUCCGGGCUACGUGGAGAUUAUGGAGUACUUGGACAUGGAAGAUAUGGUGUUCCAAGUAGCAAAGAAAUGCCACUUUCUCUUUAGGAAUGGUUAUUCACCCAAGGACAUUGCUGUGCUUUUCAGCAAAGCAAGUGAAGUGGAAAUAUAUAAAGAUAAGCUUCUAAGAGCAAUGAGGAAAAGAAAUACAUCUCAGCUCGAUGGGGAAUCUGAUCUUUUAGUACAGAUCCAAGAUGCAUCGGAUAUCAUGGCCAAUCACAUUGUGUUGGACAGUGUCCGUCGAUUUUCAGGCCUGGAAAGAAACAUCGUGUUUGGGUUCAACCUAACAGCUGAGCCAGAUAUUUUCCAUAAUCUUCUGCUCUGUCUGGCUUCCAGGGCAAAGAAACAUCUCUAUAUUCUGAAGGUUCCUAUUUGACAGGAAGAUCCCAGGCUAAGAAACAAUUAGGUAGCUCUCAUCUCUAGUUAACCAUGAAACUAUUUGAUCUAAACAUUGAAUUAUCGAGUAUUUUAUGAGCACUCACUCUGAGCCAUGUACUCUCCUAGAUGCUGGGGAUCAGGGGUAGGGUAUCAAACUAGGCAGACAAGAUUUCUUCUUUAGGGCAGAGGUAAAUCACAGACAAGUAAACAAAUACAAGUACAAGACAUUUCAGAUAGGGGCACCUGGUUGGCUCAGUCAGUUAAGUCUCC